AUGUUUACAGAAAACUCCAGAAAUAAUACUUUUGUUCAUCCAGAAGUGUUUUACAUAAGUGGUUUAUAUGAAAUGCCCUUUGCUAAAUAUUUUUAUAUCUCUCUAUUUAUUUCAUACAUUCUUACAAUGUUUUUUAAUUUAUUUGUAAUUGUAUUAAUAUAUAUUGAGGAACAUCUUCAUAGUCCGAAAUACAUUGCUGUUAGUCAUCUUGCUUUAGCAGACUUAUGUUUACCUACGGCUGUUAUUCCUAAAGUAAUAGAUAUAUUUCUUUUUAAUUCUAAUUUUAUUACGUAUGGGGCAUGUUUAGCUAAUAUGUUUUUUGUUCAUUUCUUUAGUGCAAUACAGUCAGUGUCCCUUGUAAUAUUAGCUUAUGACCAUCUUGUUGCCAUAUGCUUCCCUCUUCAAUAUCACAGUAUUAACACUUACAGCAGAAUGAAAGCAAUUAUUGUGACCAUUUGGGUGUUUUGUGCAGCAGUUUUGACUGUAAUGAUACUUCUAAUUACAAGACUCAGCUUUUGCCAGUCAACAGUGAUAAACAGUUUAUUUUGUGAUCAUGGACCUGUGUACAGAUUAGCGUGUAAUGAUUUUUACCCAAAUCUCAUAAUGGCUUUUAUUAAUAUAACACUGUUGCUUUUUUUACCACUGAUAUUUAUUCUUUUUUCAUACAUAGCUAUUGGAUUUGCAAUAUUAAAAAUCUCUUCAGCAAAAGGAAGAAAAAAAACAUUUAAAACAUGUAUAUCACACCUCAUAUUGGUGGCAAUUGGUUAUCUUCCAUUAGCAAUUACAUACGUUGCAUCAAAUUUUGUUAGUUUUCACGCCAAUUUAAGAAUUCUGAAUAGUUCCUUUUCUGUGGCAAUUACACCCAUGAUAAAUCCCAUAAUUUAUACAUUAAAAACUGAUGAGAUGAUGGAUGCAAUAAAAAACGAUUAA